UUACUGAAGUACCGGAGGAAGGUGGAAUUUGUUACUGAAUGAAAAAAAUAAAAAAAUAGAGUAAGUUUAUUUUAUUGAAAAUCAAACUUUCUGUUAAUAUAGCAACAACAACAAUGUAAUGCAUUUUUUGCAAUAGAAAGCAUUUGAUAUAAUUAGAAGCAUAAUGAAACUAUUUGUCAAUGAGAAAGUAUUAAAAUCGUAAAAGUUUCUACGAUAUUUUUACCGUAGGAUUAAUAUUUCAUAUUAUUCUUGUUAUAUUUAAUAAAACAAAAAAAAUUUUUUUGUAGAUACAUGACCUUGAAGAUUUUAUUGUUAAUGAGUAUAUGCAAAGAUAAAAUAAAUUCAAACAAUUUUGCAUUAUAUAGCAAAACAAAAGUUAUUUAUAAUCGUAAACGGUUCUCUUAUAAAAACAAGUAUGACAAGAAAAAAGCGAAUAGCUAUUUCUAGAAUUUAUAAAGAGAACUGGUAUUGUAAUUCUAUACUAGGUAAUUGUGCAAAUGAAAAUUGGAAUACAUCAGUGAAUUCAAUAGGAAAAUUGAACAGAUCUACAUUAAAAAGAAGGAACUGUGGAGAACUACAAGAAGAUUUAAAUGUUCCUUCGAAAAGAAUUCUAAGAUCUACACAUAUUGUAGGUCAAGUUUUAAACAAUUAUGAGAGAAAUACAUCUGUUUCACUAUUGGGAAUCCAUAAGAAUAAUAAGAAAUUAAAUAUGAUUAAAACCUCAAACGCAAAUAUCAACAAUAAAGCAGUAUUAAAAUAUGAUGUGCAAAGUAGAAUAUUCAAAUCUAAUGGACAUUGUAAUUUAUGUGAUAACAAUGAAAUUAAUUAUAAGCAAAAUACAAAAUUUGAACAGGAAAAUUUAUUUACGUACAAAACAAACUUAUCGCAACAAAAAUCUUUAAAAGCAAAAUCACAUAAAAAUAUAAAUCAAUCCAAUGCCAUUAAUAUUCAAAAUUUAACAAUUGACUCUAACUGUGAAAGAGAUUACACUAUCUCGAUACAAACCAGAAGGAAAAGUAGCUGUAAAGUUAAUAAAUCUAUUACAACUGAAGAAUCAAACAAAUUUCAUUUGCAAAUAAAGGGAAAGGAACAAAAAAAUAUGGAUCCUACAGUACAUAAAUAUAAAAAAUGUAAUAAAAAAACCAAAAAAAAAAUAUAUUCUAAGAGGAUGAUGAAAAAAGUAAAUACGAAUAACUCUCCCAUAGUUACCACAGUACAAGCAAGUAAAAUUGAUACCAAAACAAAUAAAAAUAUAGCAACGGAUAGAAAUUGUACAGAUAAUAAAAGAUUGAUAAUUCCUUUAAUGAAAAUAGACGAGCUUCCUUCAUCUGAAUUAUUUAAAUUAAUUCAGCAACCUAAAUCUGCACAAAUCACACAGAAUAUACAAGAAAAUAGAAACGUAUAUUUUGAAACAGAAAAUAUUACAGAAACACAAUGUUCCACGUACAAGCAGUACAGAACUACUAAUCUUAAACAAGAUGAGGAAAUAAAUGUUUUGUAUAAGUCAGUAUUUGAGAGAAGAUAUACAGAAUUUAAAGAGAAUGGAAAGGAAGAAAUUGACGCAAAUGUUAAACUUGAAAGAAAUACAUACAAAAUGUCUUUGGAGAAUAAAGUUAAUACUACAGAAAUAUUACAAGGUAAUGAAUGUAAAUUAGGAUCCACAAAUUUAUCAGAAAAUAUUUUACAAUUAUUUUUAAAGAACAAAAGAAAUGUAACAAGUAUAAAAACAAGACAGAAAUCAAAAAUUGAAACUUGUUUGAAAAAAAGUGUAGCAAUAUGCAGUAAGUGUGCAGAAAUCUGUAAUCUUUUACGACAAUUUUCAGGGAAGACAAACUUUAUACAAAAUGAAAAAUUGUGCAUUGAAUGUACACUAUGUAACAUACAAAUUAAUUCUCUAUUUCAUUUUCAACAACAUGUAAUGGAUAUACAUUUACAAUGUGAAGGAAAAUCAUUAGCUAGGAACAAAAAAUUUCCAGUUGUUAUUAUUAACUUUAGCGAGCAAGUAGAUGUAGAUAGGAGUAGCCAAUUCAUUUUUGAAUGUUGUUGUUGUUCAAGAAUAUUUAGUCGUACAACAGAUUUUGAAGAACAUAUUAGAAACAUGCAUUAUACAAGUGACAUUAAAAAAUAUAAAUCGAAACAAAUAGCUAAAUCUUCUGAAUUAUGUACAACAUUUCAAAAUGAACAAGUACUCGAUGAAGCUUUAAACAAACAUCACGUUGUUGAUACUUCAACUAACGCAGAUGGAAUUUCUAGUCAAAUAACGAAAGAAAAUUCAGAAAUUAUAGAAAAUAUAAGAAAAUUAAAUAUUGAUGAAAAAUAUGCAAAUAGUAUUUCGGAAAUUACAGUUACUUCGAAAUCAGAACUUUCUAAUAUGCCCAAUAUUAAAAUUAAUCAAAGAUUUAAAGCAUAUCAGAGACAUAAAAGAUAUUCUUUUAUUUGUAAUAUUUGUUUUAAAAAAUAUAAAAGAAAACAUAUGUUUUUGUCUCACAUAUCUAAACAUGUAAAGAAUUCUGAUACUAACGUAUGUGAACAACAAAAGACACAAGAAACUAAUAAUCUAAUUACAUUUGACAACAAUCUAAUAUUAAAUUCAAAAAUUACAACUUCUCAUAAAGAAUGCAUUAAUACUUUCAAAGAUGAUAAUACAUCAAAUUCUAGUGUAAAUUUGAAAGAAUUAAGCCAAAAUACUUUAAUAUCAAAAAUAAUUGACAAGAAAGUUAACAGCUUUGAAAAUACAAAUAUGGAAUGUGUUACCAAAGAAGAUAGUAUAUCAAAUAAAGUAGAUGAUUAUAGUUAUUUAUUACAUAUAAACCUUACGCAAAAGACUGAAGAAGGUAUGAAAAGACAGAAAUUAAUUAAAUUCAAUAUAAACGUUGCAAAGAAAUAUAAGACAAGUACCAAUGAGCAGCAAAAUAUAGAAAAUAAAAUUGAAAAUAAGUGUCCAAAAAGUUUUAGUACAAACAGUAGUUUUGCAAUGGAUAUAAAUAAAAAGAAUGUAAAUGAUUUGAAAAAACUACAGUGCAAUAAAUGUGAUAAAAAAUUUAGUUCUUUAACAAUAUUAAAGGAACAUAUGUUCAUUUUACACGAUUCUCUGUUUGAAGAUCCAGAAUUAUCAAAUUUACCAACGAUAUCAUAUUUUAAUGAUAAUCAUAAAAUACAAAAUCUAUCUACACAAGAUAUUUAUACGUCUAAAGAGAAACACGAUUUAUUACAUAAAAUGCAGACACCUAGGAAAGUUUUACAAAACGAUGAUAAACAUGGUAAAGAAGCAGUUUACCAAACUUUUAAUACAGAUAAAAAAAAUAGAAAAUGGCGUUGUAGUCCGUGUAAAGAAAAUUUUGCAUUACUUAGGAAUUAUUUACGACAUAAAUAUUACUGUCAUAAUGACGAAUCUGUAGUUCAUAUUUGCGAUAAUUGUAACAAAAUUCUUACUUCAGUUGCAAUGGUGAAUAUUCAUAUGUGUACAAACGUUAUUUCUUGGAUUUGUAAAAGAUGUAAUUUUAAUUUUUCCAAUGGUGUAUCUUUAAGAAAACACAAUAUGAAUUGUCAUUUAGAGAAAGUAGGUCCACAUUUAUGCAAAAUAUGUAAAUUAAGUUUUCUUACAGCAUAUAUGUUAACAAAACACGAAGCAACACAUUCCAAGUAAUAAAUCCAAUAAUAUAAUAUAGGCAAUUUCAUAGAUUUACCUGUAUCUGCAAAGAACUAUUCUAUCUAAUACUAUAAAUAAUACGAAUGUUAAUACAGAGAUCAAUAAAAAAACAAUCAAACGACAAGACUGUUACUCGUACGAAUGAAAAUAUAGAUAU